UAAAGAGAGAGAGAGAGAGAGAAGUGAUCAUUUUAGAUUAUUUGAAAUAUUAAAAACUACAAUUUACAAAUAAAAAAAAGUUGAUUUUUCUAAAUGAAAUCAAACUUUGUAGUUCUCACUGGAUUUGGUCAAAGAGAAACUGAGCCAAACAGCUUUUUUAGUCUUAAAGGUUGCAGACCUCUGUUCUAAUUGAAUUUAUAAUCCACUACAGGACAGAAAACAUGGAUCAAUUUAUAUACAAUGUUUUUUAAGGACAGUUGUGAUCAUACCAAGAGAUAGGGGCCUCAUAAACAUUUCAUAAAAAGGUUAAAAGGGGGUAAAAAGAAGGAUUUAAAAAAAAAAUCACAAAUCAUUCAAAAAUAAAUAUAACUGCUUCACCUAAAGUAAGGUUGUUUUUUUUAGUCUGCUGUUGUAGACUUUGAAGGUGCAUAAAAACGAGGAAGCAAAUGUUAAAAGCAAUUGGCUAAAAGCAAGAAAAGGGAAUUAUAAAUGUUUUAGAAACACGACAUAUUUUUAGUAAAAGUGAUUAAAUGCAAAUUUCCAAAUAGGUUUAUUUAGCCUAUUUUGGUCUUUCUAAAGUUUCUCUACAAACACGACAUUCUUGAAUGUAAGUCAACACCACUGAACAAACAAAGCGGCAGGUUACAGAAGCUCUAGUAGCUGGUGCCCAAAGAAAAAAAACAAGCCCUGAAGACUAAAUUUCCUAGCAACCGCUUGAAGUUCCCACCCCCUCUCAUUUGACUGUAUUAUCCACAGGGAAAAGGCUGUUCAGCAGAAGGUGGACAUCAUCCUGCUCCUCCUCCAGCUCCAUGCUGUUGAAAUAGUCACUCAUUGUCUGCCCAGGAUUAUGAGCUUCGAUGUGUGACAGGAAGCAGGAUGGCCAACUCAACGAUGGAGAUUGUGGCUGUUGUGUUGACCUUGGUUGGGUUGAUCGGGGCCGCUGCAAGCACCGGGAUGCCUAUGUGGCGGGUAACAGCCUUCAUCGGAGAGAACAUCAUCGUGAUGGAGACGCGCUGGGAGGGCUUGUGGAUGAAUUGCUUCCGACAGGCCAACAUCAGGAUGCAGUGCAAGGUGUAUGACUCUCUCCUGGCUCUUCCCCAGGACCUACAGGCAGCUAGAGGCCUGAUGUGCACUGCUCUCGCUCUGUGUGGAAUAGGUAUCCUGAUCAGUGUGGUCGGGAUGCAGUGCACGUCAUGCAUCAUGAACAACGACAGAGCAAAGCGACUAGUCCUCGUUAUCGCAGGAAGCUUGAUAUUAAUGUCUUGCAUCUGUGUCCUCAUUCCCGUUUCUUGGACUGGCCAUGUCAUCAUCAGGGACUUCUACAACCCUUUGCUGAUCGACGCCCAGCGCAGGGAGCUUGGAGAAGCUCUCUACAUCGGCUGGGUGGCCUCUGCUUUCUUAUUCGCCGGCGGAUGCAUAUUCAUCUGUUGUAACAUACAAUCUGACGAGAAAGACUCACGGAGGUAUUUGUAUUCCAAGAACGCUGACUACAAGUCUUACACCCCAAUGCCACUGCAGCCUCAGCAGCUGGUGAUGAUCCCUCAAGCACGACCUCAGCCGAUGCUGUCCAGACAACCAUCCACUGUCUACAGCUACAAUUCAAGACACGAACUACCGCCUCUGCAGCCUCAGGAGCUGGUGAUGAUCCCUCAACCACAACCUCAGCCAAUGCUGUCAAGACAACCAUCGACCAUCUACAGCUACAAUUCAAGAUACCCCUCUGUGCGCAGCGGAGUCGCUUAUCUCUGAUCGCUAAUGGUCCUCUUUUGUAUGAAUUCUUCUCAUGGUAAUUAUUUUUUUUUAUGGCUCUUCAAAGGAGAACUCGUAAUAUAUAUAUAUAUAUAAUAAGUGGAUUGCAAAAGAAUCACUUUUAAAUGCAAUCUUUUCAAGCUACAUGACGCAACAAUGACAGCAUGCUAAUCUCAAUUUGUAAAUACCUGAUUAAAUGUAAAUUUUAGUGUAUAAUUUUUUUAAAUUUAAGUGGUUUUCAUCUUUUGUUUUCAUUAAAGUAUGUUAAGAAAUGCAGAUGUUAUUGCUGAUAUUAAGAGCUCAAUGUAAAACAAUUGUGUUUUCUACUUUUUCCACAUUAACUUGAUAAAAAAAAAGUUUUUUACUUUAAGUUUAACAUCCAUAUUAUUAUAUUAUUGCAUAAAAGUGAAGCAGAAACAAGCUUCUGUGAGCCGUAAAUUUUAACCACAUGGUGGAUAAAACCAUAGUAGAUGUGUUGUGAAGACUUGGGACAUCAAAUCCCGAUAUGGUAAUGUAGUGUUUUGAAUUGAUUUGUGUCUUUUAUGUCUGUUUAUUAUAAUAUCCUGGGGCAGUUAACCUGCAAUAUGACACUGCUUGUUCAGGGUGUGGACUCGGAGGUGAUCCAGCCACAGACGUCAGCAUUUCUGAGAACAAUCUGACCUCAGAAUCAUGGAUCAUGUGAUCAAAAUUUGCAAGUUGCUUUGAAUAGACAGAGGGAGAGUUUGAAAAGGUUUCAGUCACCUUCAGGUUUAGAGAAUUUUUUUGUAAUUUCAGUGGUCUCUUCAUUUCACUUUUACCAAAUGAAAAAAAAUAGCAAAAAUAAAAUAAGAAAUAUUCUUUCUUCUUGAAAACAUUUUGUGAUAUCAUGAAAAUGUUUAUCAAGCUGUGAAAAACAUGGGUUCAAAGAACUUUGUUUUAACAAGGAAAUGUCAAAGGAUUGACUGACCGGUGUGACUUCCUCAAUGAUCUUAAAGGUCAUAUGUGCUACCUUGUGGAUAAAACAAGAACUGCAGGAGCUUUGUUUUUAUUCGCUUUUGUACUGAAUAAAAAAUAAAAUUGAAUCGAGUGAAGUUGUGAGUUUACAACACCCAUCCUGUCUUGUUUUUGUAUAUGUGUACUGCUUGAAA